UUUUCCUUUUUUUAAAUUAAAGAGGUGGUAACUGAGAGCGAAUCGAACCCUAAUCCCAAUUAAAAAACCCUAGCCGUCACCCUUAUAAGCUUCUUCAUCUGUCAGUCCUAAGCUUAUUGCAGCUGCGGCGACAACAAUGGGUGCCUACACAUACGUGUCGGAGCUAUGGAAGAAGAAACAGUCCGAUGUAAUGCGGUUCUUGCUUCGGGUUCGCUGCUGGGAGUACCGUCAGCUUCCCGCUGUUGUACGUGUAACCCACUCCACCCGCCCCGACAAGGCCCGACGCCUCGGCUACAAGGCCAAGCAGGGCUAUGUGAUCUACCGAGUUCGUGUUCGACGUGGUGGAAGGAAGAGGCCAGUUCCCAAAGGUAUUGUGUAUGGUAAGCCCACUAACCAGGGUGUUACUCAGCUGAAAUUCCAGCGCAGCAAACGGUCAGUUGCAGAGGAACGUGCGGGCAGGAAACUUGGUGGCCUUAGAGUCCUGAAUUCUUACUGGAUUAAUGAGGAUUCAACUUACAAGUACUUCGAAGUAAUAUUGAUUGAUCCUGCCCAUACUACUAUCCGUAAUGACCCAAGGAUCAACUGGAUUUGCAAUCCGGUCCACAAACACAGGGAGCUCCGAGGACUUACCUCAGCUGGAAAGAAGUACAGGGGUCUCCGAGGAAAGGGCCACUUGCACCACAAAGCACGUCCUUCGAGACGGGCCACCUGGAAGAGGAACCAGACACUGUCCCUUCGUCGCUAUCGCUGAUCUACUUGAAGUUUUUUGGUGUUCUUAUCAUAAACUUAGAUCUUAUGUCCGUCUCCUAGGAGUUUUCGGCCUCUUUACAAGAAGCUUAGUGUUUUUUUGGACUUACUACAUUUGCUGAGUUCAGGUGCAUCAUGUGCUUGUUACUCUGUUACAGUGUUGAUGAAAAUUGAAUUUUGUGAUUGAUGUGCGAACUCUUUUCGAGUCUUUUGACAUUCGGAUUUGCUGUUGUUCGUUGAGUUACUUUUUUGCUCUUUGCCUGAA